AUGUCGACGGAUGGGGAGGAUGUGCCAGAGGCCGGGAAUGAUCCGCAGCUCCGUGAUCUGGUGGUGACGGCGGGCAAGGCUGUUUACUGGGUCGUCUAUCCUGUUGCGAUCGGACUAUACUACGUCCUGUACAACCUCGCCUUUGCAGUGGUCUUCAUCUUGAAGUUGCUGUACCGUCCGCUGGAAUUUCUCCUCCUCCCGGUCGUCUACCUGGGCCAAUUUCUGUUCGCGUGUGUACUGGCGCCUUUUAAAUUUCUGGCGAGGUUCGAGACCCUCUACAUCUACCUCGGAAUCGGAGCUCUGGUGGGAGGUGCGCUCGGUCUUCUGCUGGCGUUCAUCUGCACCUCCCUUCAAGGACCUCUUGGUCUGGAGCCGCAGCCAUUAGAAUCAGGCCGCACAGCCAAGCAGUAUCGGCAGGAGAAGCGCAGGAAGAGAGAGAAUGGGCUGCCAUUGCUUUCUCCAGGCUAUUCGUCUCCGAACCAGGUCAGUGCGUCCAACAGCAGCCGGAGGGUCGGUCGUGGGAAGGGAAUGCUUCAGCAACCCAUCAUGGAAGAAGUUGAUUCGGACUAUUGA